UCACAGAGCAUGGAUUCUUUCAUUGAUCUUGCUCAACUCUCUAACGAUACCGGUAAUAACAGCAAUGAGUCCAUUGCCGCCCUCUUGCAUGCACGCUACAAGCAGGACAAACCGUACAUACAGCUUGGGCAUCAUCGACUAGUGAUCGUCAACCCUUUUAAACCGCUCGAUAUACUCAACGAUGCCGCUUUGGAAUACUAUGCCAAUAAAGGUUACAAGGAUUUAUUGGCCGCCGAUGGUUCGCUUGAUGAACCUCACGUAUAUGAUUUUGCGACUCGAGUGUAUUUUGUCAUGCGCCGGCAAGGCGAAGAUCAAGCCAUUGUCCUGAGUGGUAUUUCCGGCUCGGGAAAAUCAACGACCCAUCGUCACUUAAUGAACGAAUUACUACUGCUGUCAACACAUUCGCAACGAGAAUCAAAAUUACGGCAACAGAUUCUCGGCGCUCAAAUCAUCUUGUCAGCGUUUACCACUGCAUCAACAAUACAGAACGAUCGAGCCAGUCAGUGUACUCAAUUACAUACGUUACAAUUCAAUGAACGUGGCCGGAUCGUAGGAAGCCACAUCAUGGUUUCUUUACUGGAUAAAUUCCGGGUAGUUGGCGCUACGGACGGAGGCAAUUAUCAUAUUUUUUAUCAGUUGCUGGCAGGCACAUCGAACGAAGAAAAGCAGGCGCUUCACUUAAACCAUACCGCGGAUCAUUUUGCAUACCUCCGACUGUCGCCGGCGGUAUUGGCAAAUGCGGCGAACAACGGUAAUACAAAUGUCAACAGCCACGGAUUCAGUGGCACCAGCGGAGUUCGCGAUGAAAUUGCAUUUGGCGAUCUUAAAGCGGCAUUGAAACAGUGCGGAUUUAAAAGCAAGACCAUUGCUCAGCUGUGUCAGCUAUUGGUCGCCAUCCUGCAUUUGGGCAAUAUCCAGUUUGUAGGUGGCAGCAACGGCAAUAUCGGAGGAGGUCAGGAAUCCUGUCGAAUCAAAAACAAGGAAACUCUGUCCCUGGUAGCCGCCGCUUUGGGUAUCGCUACCGCCAAGCUCGAAACGGCUCUCACUCACAAGCUUAAAUUGAUUGGCAAGGAAUUCUGUACCGCAUUUCUCACCAUGGACACCGCCGUCGAUCAACGCGAUGCUCUGGCUCGGUCGCUUUACGCCAUUCUUGUGCUGUGGAUCGUUGAACAGCUGAACCGCAAAUUGAACAGCUCACGUGCGGUGACGGGGAUCAGUAUCUUUGAUCCUACCUUGGGCAAGGACAGUCAUGCAGCUAUUCAGGCCGCCACGUUCCACGACCUUUGUAUUCAUUUUGCUGCGGAAAAAACGCAUCAUUUCUUGUGGAGCACAUUAUUUGAUUCGAUGGCCAAUAUCAACGUGGAUCGCCGGGAAGAUGGUUUUCCCCAAACCCAUCCAUGGCCACCUAUAUCCACCUCUCUUCCGUUCUUUCUCGGCACCAACAACAAUAAGUUUGCGAUAGUUCCUUUGCUGAACCGCGAAUCGGAACGCUACGAAGCUUAUGCCUUGGAUGCCACCGAUGUGAAUUUGGUUUCGACUUUGUAUCAGAAAAAGAAAAGAGCCGAAUCGUCGCCCUCGGCUCAAAGCGAUGAUUUUCGGGCCUUUCAGAACCCAUCCAGUCCAUCCCACAGUUUUGCCAUUCAGCAUCACUUCUCCGUUAACCCAGUCGAUUACUCGGUGGCGGGAUUUCUUGAACGGAACAUCGAUGCCGUUUCGCCUGAUUUUGUGCAUUUAUUUAGAUACAACUGUACCAACAGCUUUAUACAGGAUCUUUUUGAAAGCAGCAUUCUCGUGACAGAAAUCCAUCCUCGCGAUGAACGGACCAUUAUCAAGGCACAACUACCCAGUCAGUACCCGAGCCAGCUGUGGACCGCAAAGCAGAACAAAAAAAACAUCGAUCAGUCGCCAACUGCGAUUGCGACCGUCAUGAACCAAGUUCACCGCAAUACAAACCAGCUGCUGGAUCGGCUGGCUGGUGUUCGUUUAUUUCAAGCCAUCCAUAUCAAACCGAAUAUUCAGCAAAAGCAAGAUAUCUUUGACGCCGCGACGGUGGCCAUGCAGCUUCAAAUGCACAGCAUCCCCGACAUUCUCCGUCAGACCCGACACACCGACUGGUACAGCUACACGCAUGAGAAUUUCUUAUCCCGUUACCGACAAUUUGUUCGCACUGUGAGCGGCCCCGACGGGUCCAGCGACUGGCAGCAAAUCGAAACACUGAUGCAUAUCAUGCAAUGGACACCGGAGCAGUGCCAGAUUGGCAAGUACAAAGUAUGGCUUGCUUUUGAUAUAUGGCGAGAUUUGGAAAACCAUCUGCGUUUACUCGAAAAGGAAGCGCGAGCGCAAGAACGUGAACGACUGGCCAUGAUUGAAGCAGAAGCAGAAGCCGCUCGCAAGGAAGCCGAAGCCGCUGCUCUAGCAGCACAAGAAGCGGCCGAAGCCGAAGCAGCGGCCAUGGAAGCAGUCGCUGCUGCUGCCGCUGCCGAAGCCGAAGUUGCAGCUGCAGCGGCCAAUCAAGCCCUUCGUGAUAAUCCAUUUGAUGAUCAUUGUGGCUCGGAGUACAACAGCUCGGACGAAUAUGACGAUCGCACCGACAUUGGCAACGAUUCCUCCUGUGGCAAAACAAGCACUAGUCAAUGGGGAGAUGAAGAAAAAGGACUUGCGGAAGGAUUUGGUCCUAAUAUGGAUAUGAGUAAAAUGGUGGAAGAUUACCGGGUAGAUCCUGGCGAGCAAGUGGAAGAAGUGCCGAUUACCAGUAUUCGCCACUGGUGGAGUCGGUUCGUUUGGCUAGCUACGUGGUGGAUCCCCUCUUGCGCCUUGCGAUGGCUCGGGAAAAUGGAUCGUCAGGACGUGCAAAUGGCCUGGCGUGAAAAAGUCACCUUGUGUCUUCUCAUCUUCUUAUUCUCGGGGUCCAUCAUCUUUUUUAUCGUCGGACUCGGUCCCGUCAUUUGCCAGGGCACCAAAGAUCUGUAUUCAGCCGAGGAUGUCACCAACCACCAAACCAUGGCCGAUUACUGGGUUAGCAUUCGAGGCAAGGUGUACGAUUUAACCAAAUUUGUAGCCAAUGACCACGGUACCCAGGUCUAUAUGGCUUCACGAUCGACCAUGGAACCCCUGGCCGGUCGAGAUUUAUCCAACACGUUUCCACCGCCCUUGACCACGGCGUGUGCCGGCCUCGUGACCGAUCCUACCGUAACCAUCACGCCAAAUGAAACGCUGAUCUUGGGCCCUUUUGUCCACUUUUCCGGACCGCAGCAACUGGAGAAAGGCCUGGGCAAAAUGCAGGACGCCAACUGGAUUACCGAGUAUUUCGAACCGACCAUUCGUCCUUUCAAAAAGGGCGACCUGGUGAUAAGAAUGAAACAAAUUCAAGACGAUUACAAAGGUUGGGGACGGCUCAUUGGCAGCAUUGAUGAUAAAGUGUAUGACCUGACUGACUACAUGGCAACGGCGCGAAAAUACCCAAUGGAGAGCGUGGACCAGCCCAAUUAUCACUAUCUGGAUCCUUCUAUCGAGACGUUGUUUCAGACAUUUGGUGGCAAGGACGUCACGGAACAGUGGCAGAAGUAUACAAAAUCCAUGGAUGAGACCACCCGCAUGCGAAACCUGGCCUGCCUCGAUAACAUGUUUUACAUUGGUCGGUUGGACUAUCGCGACUCCUUACGAUGUACCUUUGUUAAUUAUCUGCUGCUGAGUUUUGCCGUCUUAAUGUCGCUGGUAAUACUCAUCAAGUUCCUUGCCGCCCUUCAAUUUGGCGGCGCACCAACCCCAGAAGAUCACGACAAGUUUGUCAUUUGCCAGGUGCCCUGCUACACGGAAGACGAAGAAUCGUUGCGGAAAACGAUCGACUCACUGACGGUUCUCAACUACGACGAUAAGCGCAAACUGCUCUUUUUGAUUGCCGACGGUAUGAUUAUCGGCAGUGGCAACGAUAAACCGACGCCGCGAAUCCUGCUGGAUAUUUUAGGCCAUCCCGACACCGAUGAUCCAGAGUCUUUAAUGUUUAAAUCCAUUGGCGAAGGAUCCAAGCAACUCAACUAUGGCAAAGUGUAUUCUGGAUUGUACGAGCAUGAAGGUCAUGUCGUACCCUACGUUGUCGUUGUCAAGGUCGGCAAAUCGACGGAACACAGCAAACCAGGCAACCGAGGCAAACGCGAUUCCCAGAUCAUUUGCAUGAAUUUCCUCAGCAAAGUGCAUUUUGACUCGGAAAUGACGCCUUUGGAAUUGGAAAUCUAUUACCAAAUUCGGCAAGUGAUCGGCGUGGAUCCCAGUCUUUACGAAUACAUCUUGAUGGUGGACUCGGAUACGGAAGUGUACCCGGAUGCGCUGAAUCGCUUGGUGUCAUGCAUGCUGCAUGACAGUCGCAUCAUUGGUCUGUGUGGCGAAACGGAACUUGGCAACGAGGAUCGUUCAUGGACGACCAUGAUUCAGGUGUAUGAAUACUACAUAUCUCACCAUCUCGUCAAAGCGUUCGAAUCGUUGUUCGGCAGUGUCACUUGCUUGCCUGGCUGUUUCUGUAUGUAUAGGAUCCGGUCGGCCAACAAACGGCAACCGCUAAUCGUGUCUCCUGCUGUUAUUCACGGCUAUUCGGACAACCAAGUGGAUACUUUGCACAAGAAGAAUUUGCUCCAUCUGGGUGAAGAUCGAUACUUGACGACGUUGAUGAUGAAAAAUUUUCCGCAGUACAAGAUGAUGUUUACGCCGUACGCCAAGUGUCGUACAGUGGCCCCUGACCAGUGGCGCGUGCUCCUGUCACAGCGACGUCGAUGGAUCAAUUCCACCAUUCACAACUUGCUUGAGCUCAUCUUGCUGCAAGAGUUAUGCGGGUUUUGCUGUCUGUCGAUGCGAUUUGUCGUGAUGACAGACCUGAUCGGAACCAUUACAUUACCAUCGUCGGUCAUUUAUCUAAUUUAUCUCAUUUACGAAGCUGCCUCGGGUACAGGCCCGGUACCGAUGAUCGCUCUGGGGAUGCUGGCGGGAGCGUAUGGAUUGCAAGCGCUGAUUUUUAUCAUGAAGCGACAGUGGCAACAUAUUGGGUGGAUGAUCAUUUACAUUUUUGCCAUUCCCAUUUUCUCGUUUUUCAUUCCCAUUUAUGCCUUUUGGCACUUUGAUGAUUUCUCGUGGGGAAAUACGCGCGUGGUGGUAGGCGAUAAGAAGAAACAAAUCAUUGUGACGGACGACGAGAAAUUUGAUGAAAAAAUGAUUCCGUUGAAACGGUGGGCGCAGUACGAAAUGGAGUUGUGGGAAUCGAAAACGGCGCGUUCCUAUGACGAUGUUCGGUCGCGAUACACGGAUUCGAAGCGAAGUUCACUCCAGUCCGUGGAAGAAAGCCAUGUGGACGCACUGCAAGUCAAAUCGGCCGGCCUCAUUCCUCCCCUGAUACAAGGCUUUUCCGAGCAAAACAUCACCCAGUUUACUGCCGAUCUCACGGCUGCACUGCAUCCGGUCUCGCAGCAACAGUCACCGUCUUCAAAAGACCCACAGCAACCACCGAUGCUCCCGGAAGAUGAAGACCUCGAGAGAGAAAUCUAUCGCAUCAUGACCAACGCUAAUCUCAUGACACUAACAAAGAAACAAGUGCGUGACCAGCUGUCGGUUUUGUUUGGAGUAGAUGUCACUAUCAAGAAAGGAUUCAUCAAUGCCACAAUUGACAGGAUUCUGGCCAAUGAUGCAGGCUUGUUUAAUAUGUCGACGAAUACAGCCCACCCGCCACCGUAAAUAGAACAUCCCAUAUACCCGCGAGACAGAUAACCCAAUCAUUUUCCUGUAUCAAUAAAACCACUCGUUAUCUUUAU